ACGCGCGUGGUGAAUUCGUGCCGCACGCAGUCCCACACACAAUGAAUAGGUACCUACGUAAAUGUGUGCGUGUCGACCGUGCGCCGCGCCGCCGCUGCCAUUCGCCGUUCGUAACCAGUGCAAAGCGUUCGUGCGUUGCGGUCUGUUUGCGCCGCACGGCAUACCUACUUCACCUCUCCAGCCAUGGAUUUAAGCAAAGACGAAGUGUUCACUCUGAUCAACACAUACCGAAACCAAAGAGUACUAUGGGACACGAAUCAAAGAGGAUAUUUCAACAAGAACAUCAAAGCAAAAGCAUGGCAGAUAGUAGCUGACGCAGUUGGUGUUGACUUAGAAAAUGCGAAAAGGAAGAUGGCCAGUUUACUUGGGUCUUUUAGGAGAGAGAAGUCUAGAGGAAAGAGGAUAAAUAACGAUGAUCCAACAAGUCCUGUGCAGUACAAAUCCGACUGGUUUGCCUUCAAAGCGUUCAGUUUCUUACUUGACCCAGCAUUGAAUCCAGUCAAAUUUGAUUCCCGACCACCUGAUCACGAAAUAUCAAAUAACUUCGACAAUGAGGAUGAUGAAAACGGAACAAUAUCAACAAUAGCAUCUCAUUAUGAACACAAUUACCUCGUACCAGACACCGUCGUUCCCGAUGUUUCGCAAGAUACUACCAUCGCCUCGUUCCCGAAACCUAUACCUAUAUUACCUAUUAUCACGCCGAGAAUGAAACGAUCCAUGUCUGGGAACCACGAUAACUCAGAGAGCCCAGCGAAACGUGACUGUCCAGAACCGCACACGAUAAAUGAAAGCGUACGAAAAGAUGCGACAGCAAAAUUUGCAAAGUACCUCGAAGCCAAGCUGAAUCUCUUCAAUCCGACUGCCAGUGCGAUACUGAUCCACAAAAUCAAUCAGUUGAUCUUCGAAGCUGAGAUGAGUUCUAUAUCACAGCCUCAUUCUUUCUCAAUGGCUAGUGGAUCCCCCAAGUCAAAUUGGACGCCCAGUCCUCCCCAUGUUAACCCCCUGGUUCAGAUAGAAGUUUCUAGAUAUGAUGAAGACGAUGAAGAUAAGAAAGAUGGAAUAAUAAACAUUCCGUAAAUGUUAGAUAUCUUUUACUUAAUCUCAACCAAACUGCACACAUCAUAGUCGAAUCCAAAUAUAAGGACGAAAUUGUAUACCUCAAUUAGUUUGUUUGUUGUACUAGCACAAACCAGUAGUUUUAAUGUCAUGACUCAUGAUUCAACUGUGAUUUUAUUAAUAAAUUCUGUUUAAGU